GGGUGUGUCGGACGCGUUGUACCAGCCCACUUCGGAGCUGGUCUAUGGGGAGAGCGGCCGCUCCUGGCUGUAGCGGGCUGGUGUCCCUGAUCUCCGCUGUGCCUUGUCUGUCCUGUCCGCGGAUCGGGGCGGUGAGCUCUGGCGCCAGAGACAUGAGUAAUGCAGGCUCCGUCCUCCCGGGCACCCCAGCCGCCCCCGGACCUGACACCUACAAAGGCUGGCUCUUCAAAUGGACUAACUAUCUGAAGGGGUAUCAGAGACGCUGGUUUGUGUUAAGCAAUGGUCUGCUGUCCUAUUACAGGACACAGGCUGAAAUGGCCCACACGUGCCGAGGAACCAUUAACUUGUCUACAGCUCAUAUUGAUACAGAAGAUUCAUGUAACAUUGUUCUGUCCAAUGGUGGCCGAACAUAUCAUCUCAAGGCAAGCUGCGAAGUGGAGAGACAGAGAUGGGUCACAGCUUUGGAAUUGGCCAAAGCCAAAGCCGUCCGCAUGAUGAACAACCAGUCAGAUGACUCUGGGGAUGAUGAGCCAAGUUCGCAGUCUGACAAGAGCGAGUUGCACAGCUCCCUGAAGUCUCUGACCAAUAAGCUAGAAGACCUCAGUACGUGCAAUGACCUCAUCGCCAAGCAUGGAGCAGCACUGCAGCGCUCCCUGAGUGAGCUGGAGAGCCUGAAAUUGCCAGCAGAGAGCAGUGAGAAGAUCAAAUCUGUGAAUGAAAGGGCCACUCUCUUCAGGAUCACUUCAAAUGCGAUGAUCAAUGCAUGCCGCGAUUUCUUGGAAUUAGCAGAAUCCCAUAGUCGUAAAUGGCAUCGUGCUUUGCAGUAUGAGCGUGAGCAGCGAGUUCGUUUGGAAGAGACUAUCGAGCAACUAGCAAAACAGCAUAAUAGCCUUGAAAGAGCCUGCCGAGGAGCACCUGGCCUGUCUUCUAACCCUACAGGAAAUCCCAGUUCUGUAAAAGGGAGUGUACAAGCUGUAAAAGGGGAGGCCAGUGAUGAAGAUGAGGAGACAGAGUAUUUUGAUGCCAUGGAGGACGCACCAGCCUUUAUCACAGUAACAACUGACCCCAAACAGCACAGGCGUUCCGGUAGCAAUCUCAGCAGUGCAAGUGGCGGUCACCCCGAUGAUUGGCAUCUAGAAGACAACGUAUUCUAUAGCUCACAUGAAAGCAGCUACUAUGACUCUAAACGCAAAGAUCUCUUACCUAGAAAAAGGAGGAGGACCCGAAUUCCAGACAAACCAAACUACAGCCUUAAUCUCUGGAGUAUAAUGAAAAACUGCAUAGGAAAAGAGCUAUCCAAGAUCCCCAUGCCUGUCAAUUUCAAUGAGCCGCUCUCCAUGCUGCAGAGACUUACUGAAGACUUGGAAUACCACGAGCUGCUGGACAAGGCAGUCAAAUGUGACAACUCUAUAGAACAGAUGUGCUUUGUUGCAGCCUUCUCUGUGUCUUCCUAUUCCACCACAGUCCACCGGACAGCAAAACCAUUCAAUCCUUUAUUAGGAGAAACAUUUGAACUUGACCGAUUAGAAGAUUUAGGGUUCCGGUCGAUAUGUGAACAGGUCAGUCAUCACCCUCCAGCUGCUGCUCAUCAUGUACACUCCAAGAAUGGAUGGAGCCUGUGGCAGGAAAUCACCAUUGCCAGUAAAUUCAGGGGCAAAUACCUCUCUAUUAUGCCAUUAGGGGAUAUACAUUUGGAGUUUCUUUCCAGUGGGAACCAUUAUGUGUGGAAGAAGGUCACCUCCACAGUGCACAACAUCAUUGUAGGCAAGCUUUGGAUAGACCAGUCUGGAGAUAUCGAGAUUACAAAUUAUAAAACCAAGGACAAAUGCCAGCUGAAAUUUACCCCAUACAGCUACUUCUCAAGAGACAUUGCAAGAAAGGUUACUGGGGUUGUGACAGAUGCAAAUGGAAAAGCACAUUAUGUCCUAUCUGGAACAUGGGAUGAAAAGAUGGAAUGUGCAAAGAUUGUGCAGAGCAGUCAAGGCAAUGGCAGCACCGAAGGGAAACAGAAGACAGUGUACCAGACUCUCCCUCCAAAACUGCUAUGGAAAAAAUACCCCCUACCCGAGAACGCAGAAAAUAUGUAUUUCUUUUCUGAACUUGCCCUUACACUAAAUGAACCUGAUGACAGCACUGCCCCUACGGAUAGCCGGCAUCGGCCAGACCAGCGAUUAAUGGAGAAUGGCAAGUGGGAUGAGGCCAAUGUGGAGAAGCAGCGGCUAGAGGAGAAACAGAGGGCUGUUCGAAGGAGGAGAGAGGCAGAGGCGGUGGAGGCUUUAGAAGAAGGUAAUGACUAUGAAGGAUAUCAGCCAUUGUGGUUUGAGAGGAAGGUCAAUCCAUACACCAAUGAGCUCAUGUGUGUUUAUAAAGGAGGAUACUGGGAGUCCAAGGAAAAGCAAGACUGGUCUAAAUGUCCUGAUAUUUUCUGACAGAGCCCGGGUCAACACAAGCUUACAGAUCUCGCCGCCCUCAAUGUGGUGGCUGCAUACACCAGGCUAAGACUCUUCAACGCUCAGGAACAGGCACCAAGGGCCGACUUCCAAUGUGAACCAAGCAGAAAUACAAACCAAAACACAUGCCAAAAUAGCCACAUCUGAGCGGGAAAAUCAGAGGGGGACAGGGAUCUGAAGUGUAUUUUCUAAAGAUUUUUGUUUUACAAAAUUGGAAUUUCUUUUUUAUCAACUAAUAAGAGUUGGGAAUAAGAAUAUUUAUUUUAACAUUUGCUAUAUAAACACGUACAUACGUCAGUGUAUAAAUAUAUAUAUAUCUAGGACUGGGCUUUGUUCAGUAAGGGUUUCCUCUCGUACGUACAAUCUUAGACUCUGAGCAAAGCUUAGGAAAUGAAGGUACUCUUAGCUAUAUUAUUUAUUUCUGUACAUUAGAUGCAUAUGUAUAUUCUUGUUAACAAAUUAUAAGCUUUUAAUUAUGGGCAGGGUGGAAAUCACAGAUUCUGAUGGCCACUUGUACAGUUCUUGAAAACUUAGUACACUAAAUGAUGGGUCUGGUGUUACAGAUAGGAUCACUGUGUAAUAACAUCACUUUAUUUUUUAAUUUACUAGUGCACUUUUAUUGACACUUCCAAAGAUUUUCCCUCUUUUACUAGGCAAUUCUGUCCAUGCUCUAACUAGAAUAAGGUGAAAUGGUGUCCCAUAGGACAUCACUACCUUGUAAGCUUGGGCCAUAAUGACUGGUUAGUCAACUAUUUCAUUGCAUUGCAUGGGUUUAUCUCAAGGCAUUGUUCCGACUUUACUCUUUUUUCGUUAUUUGGUAGUGGUGAGUAUAAAUGUUGUAUAACCUAGGUCUUGGGCACACCACCUUAGUUGUAGAAAUGCAUAAUAUGAUGCUAUAUUAUGCAGGUGUUCUUCACUAGAGACAUUAGGGGAGAUUUAUUAAUGCUUGUUAAAAAGUCACAAAUUAUGGAGCACACCAUAUUUGUGCCAUGAUUUGCAACUUUUUAUUACUUCAACUUCUUGUCACUUUUCUAAACCGGCAAGGAGAGAGUAUGUGGCUUAGCGGAGCCUCUGCUGCCCACUAGAUUUAGAAACCGGCAUAAGUUAUAGCUCAAUUCUUCGUCAGCUGGCAUAGGUUUGAGUUUCUGGAGCACGCGGCUAGAGAUGUUCCUGAUUUAUUAAGAGACAUGUGCACCUUUUAUUCCAGUGCAUAGUGGAUCAAGACUGGAGUAUGGGAAUGCCAGUUUUGAUAAAUCUCCCCCCAUUGUUUCUCGGAGAGGAUACAAUGCUACCAUAUAGCAGCAGAGUAGUUACACUGCACCGUAGUGUAUGUAAAAGGUAUGCACCGGGAGGACUUCCUUACAGUGUGUGCCACUACAUACAGUGGCAUAAGUUGGCCGUAGGCUUUCAUGUUAAAACAUAUACUGCAAGGUAUCCAGGUUUUAAUAGAUGCCUCCAAACUCUUUUCCUCAACUAAGCUAAAUCAUACAGCAAAAAAGGUAUGCCAUAGUAUACCAGCCAAAUAGAAGAGAAAAAGACAUUCUGUCAAGUGGACCAGGGUCUAUGAAUACAUUUGACGUAUGCGCUGAAAGCUUUCCCAGCAGAUAGGCUAAGUGUACACUGGAGAGAAUAUGCACCCUAGCAAGGAUCCAUACAGACUCUGUCUUCCAUCAUACAAGGUCCACCCAUGGCUUUUCUGUUUGCAUGAAGACUUAGUCCAGACACUGUGCAUCUCCUAAACAUCAGAUAAAUUAAUAUUCAUUUCUUGCUUAGAAGGUGCUAUUGUAAGGACAGUGACCAGCACUCGAGAUACUCGCACAUAACUGUCUUACUCGUAUUCUUACUCAUCCUCAAGUAUCCAAUAUGAUUUAUGGAUACUGAUAAAACAGAAGUACAUUUUUUUUUUUUUAUUAUUGAAGUCAUGAGGCCGUGGACCUCUGAGUUGACAGUGGUGCUUAGUCCCUUUUGUGGCUGAAUGAUCACCCAUAAUUUGCAAUUUAUAAAGCAUUGGGGUCUGUUAAUGGAAAGCCAAUCCAAACUGGAUCAAAAUGCAGCUUGUUGGUGAUACAACCAAGAGCGAUAUACAGUAGACUGGAGACAGUUUUAACCAAGCAAAACAUUAAAUCCCAUUACAAUACACUCAAUGCACUACAUAUACAUUCCACUUAAAGGGUUUAUCCGAAUUCUAAAAGAUCCCCUCCAAGGCACAGGCCCCUCGUAUACAUUAUACUUGCCUGCUCCCUGGCACCCUCGUUGCUCCGGAUCCCUGCAAGGCAGCUGCUGCAUCUCCCCUUUGCGCGGAUCAAAACAUCCGGGACUGAGUGGAGCAGCUAAUAGCAGGCCGUGACGAGUCCCCUUGAGGUUGGUCACCAUCGCAGUCUGCUAAUGGCUGCACCCCUGUCACCGGAUGUUUUGAUCCGUAUGACAGGGAGAUGCAGCGGCGGCCAUGCAGGAACCUGGAGCAAUGUGGGUGGCGGGGAGCAGAUAAGUAUAAUGUAUAUGAGGGGCCCGGGCAUUUGGGGGAAUCUUUCAGAAUUUGGAUAACUCCUUUAACAAUUUGGUUUCUUUUUUUUUGUUGUUCUUUUUUUUUUUAACAGGUAUAAGAAACAACCAAAAAAUGGAUCCCUGGUAAAGUCUAGUUUUUUCCAAUUGUCACGACCCAUUCAGAUGUAAUGUCACAUUAUUUUUAAGAACACCGUCUAAAUGCAGAAAGUCAUUAUUAGGCUUCAGUAAAAAGAAUAAAUCAUUUUAUAUCAAGUAUAUUAAAAGAAUCAAUUUACCUUUUUAUAUAGACAUCAUGGUGAGGUAGCUGCAGUGACUAUUGACAGCUCUUAUGUUCAGUUUUAAUGUGUUAACUACUCUUUCUGUUACCUGUCUAGAAAUCACGGGGCUAUAAUCUACCCCAUAUGGUGUGUAAUACCUAGAGAAGUUUUAGACAUUUCACUAGAAAUUUUCUUCCUAGUAUUAUUGCUGCUGUAUAUUUCUAUAUCUAUAUAACAGUGUAAGGAUUGGUGUAUAUAAAAUCAGGACUAUACUAGGGACUUUUAAAACAACAAGUUAGGGGUCUGUGGCAAACCUAAUUCUAGCACAGAACCAUGACCGGCAGUUCAUCCAAGAGCUGAAUGAAUGAAAGGGCAGAUCUGACUAUCGGAUAGCUGGUAAAUAUUACAUAUUGAGGGUCUUCCAACAAACAUCUCAGACAUGUAUCAGCCAGUCUCAUCUAGAAAUGCUGACAAUCUGUGAGCCUAGCGUAACCCUGACAUCUGCAAAUGGAGGUUAAUAAAGGUUCUCACGGGUUGAAUUCCAACCUGUUAAUCCAUUUUCCCUGGAGAUGAGAUGUUCCAAAAGGGUCCGGCAGCUGAUGAUCCCCCUCUCCUGUUAAGCGUGAGUUGGGUAUGCUAGCUGGCCAGUCGGUUGACGGCUCUGUGAUGUCUAUGGGAAGCUCCAGGCUGUGUUCACACAUAUCUUUCCGAUGGCUCAUGUACACAAUCUUAGUAUGGCUCUGUACUGGCAGGGGACUGUAUUACAGAACCCAUCGAAGUGUAUGGGAAGAUAUUGUAUCUCCAUAUGCUUCCAGUUUCAUAAGGAAUGUGAUAAAACAUGGCAUGCCUUAUCAGAUGCCUAUCACAAAAACUACUAACAGAAAACUUCUUCUAUCCACUUUUACAUAAAGAAAAUGAAAACCGCGUGCGAUAGUGCCAGCGUGGAGUUGGUCUGACGACUACAAUGCCGUGAGCUUCCUUACUUUAGCCAGUAGGUCAUAACUUUACCAAACACCUCCGGUGUAAAUGUAUUCAGACCAAUCUAUGAUCAUUACACAGUAAGUUGCUGUCUGUACCUAACAUUUUUGGAGGAUCUGGAUAUAUCUCAUGUUAAGCAGGAUUAUCUAGAUUUUCAGUUCCUCGAUUUAGCAGGCAUGUUUCUUAAAGCUCCUUUAAGCCACAUUCACAAGGCCUGAUGAUCGGGUCAACUAUCUGGAACAAGCGUUCCUACAAACGCUUGUUCCCAAUAAUCUGUCGUGUAAAGGUGCCGCAUAUCACCUGAUGAACGACUGAAACGAUCAGUUCAUUGGGUAUAAUCAUCUGACGUGUGGACACCUCAAUCAUUGCCUAAACGGCACUAUGCUGCCCAGGAACCAUGAUUUUGUAUGGGGACGAGCGACAGCAGCAGACACCGCUCGUCCUUUUACAGUGGAGGUGAUCCUGUCAGUUGACUGCUCCCUGCCACACCUAAAUACGGCUUAAAACAAACCAAUGAUAGGCAAUUUUUGUGAACUAGCAUCCACAGGAAUGCUCGUUCCUGAUAACUGACUUGUGUAAAGGUGCCGCUGAUCACCCGAUAAACGAGCAUUAGGUGAAAUAAUCGUUGAUGUUGUCGCCUAAAUCAUCAUCUAAACAGGGAUCCGCUGCUCAGAAACAUUGAAUCUGUAUCUGUACGAUUGUUGGUCCCCAUAGAGAACAGAUAACUGUUGCAUGUGAAUGCAGCUCUUGCCUCCUCCGACAGUUAUCGGGAACGGAUUGCCUGCUGUGUUGGCCUAGGUAAAUGGGCCUUUACCUUUCCGGGAAAUGUGACUGUAGAGGAAGGACGGGUGCCAGGGCCUCUCCAAUAUCUAUGUACUCUCUAAACUGGCUAUAGUUUUCUUGUUAUACACAGAGGUGUUUAUAUAGGAUCUUGCGGUGAUAAUUUUAUAGUGCCUGAAUCUGCUGCCUUUAAACAUCAUGCAAAGCCUUUCAGUCAUGGCUCUAUCACAAUAGUGAGAUUUUUGCAGGUAGUUCAAUCCGUAUUAUAUUACAUGGUGCAGUCAGAUGUUUAGAAGCAAGCAGCUCCACAAUACUGUAGUCUACUAAUGCAAUAUAAAAGGUUCGAGGAAUACAGGUAGAAUCAAGGUACAAGGUCACAGGAAUGACGCUUCCAAUUGUAUCACCAAUAAAACAAUAGCUCCCAUUCAAUCCUGUGUAAAUCUCAGGGUGUAGAAUUUAAAGUGACUCUCCGGUUCAAGAAAAUCUGCAUUAAGAGUGGAUUCAAAAAUGUGGCUUUUGGUGCAUUAAAAAUUUUUUUUUGCAGAAAAAACACCAGCUAUAGAUGUUAGCUAAAAUUCUAUGGAAACAUGAAAUGCAGUACACAUGUUUUGGGGUUUUUAUGCUACUGGCAUUUUUGUGUCCCUGGCAUUUUAUUUCUAAAGGCAGCAGGUUGACGCAAUGGCAUGUUUCUGUCUAUGCUACACACCUAUAGGAAACAAAUGCCAUCCACACUUUUUGGGGAAAAAAGCAAGCUUUUUCUAAACCACUUUUUGGCAAUAAAAAAAAGCUAGACAUAAUUUGUGUGUGGAGGAAGCCUAACUGAGGAAGGGACAGAACACUUGCCUGGUGCCCUCCUUUUCAUCUAUUCUGCUGCAGAUCUGUUGAUUUCCAGGCCCCUCUUCUGCCAUCCAAGAUGGCCAUGCCUCGCCUUGGACUACUCACUGCGCAUCAGUAUUCCAAAAUGCUUCCUGCUGCCAUCGGGCCGGCCAGCGCUUCUACUGCAAACAGCCCUGACCAAUCCAGAUGCAUCUCUGGACAAGAAGGUAGUGUUUUGGACCAUAGAUGCACAGUGUCUGAGAAGCCGUGUGGCAGAAGAGGAGCCCUGGAAUCAGCAAAUAUGCGGAUGAAAGAUGGGCAUUUUUUUUUUUUUUGUACUUGGGGGGGGGGGGGGGGGGGGUCACUUUCGACACUUAUCAUUAUCUCAAUUAGGUAAAAUGUCUGAUCCCAUCACUGUGAAGUCUCAAUGACAAGAAGGGAUGGAGGACUUGGGGUCAGAAUACGAUAAACAGAAUAACCAAAGGAUGAAUGGACAUGAACUGGUAAUGGAUGGACAGUGAAUUAAAUGACUGUACUGUUGCAAACAUGGCGGCUGUAUUGAAAUGUGAAUAAAGGAGAAAAGCUGCGUACAGAUUCACACGCUCCGGGAAUGUGUUUCGUGUCUCUCUGACGCCGAGCUGUGUAGAUUGUGACAUUUUGAAAGACUGUAAUAAAAGCACAACCUGUUUUGUGGCGCAGAAACAAUUACACAAACCAAUAAAUGAUACGAUCAGA